AUGGUGGGGAAGGGGCACGUGGGCACAGAGGAGAGGAGCAGCCUCUACAGAGACCGUGGACUGUAUGCCGAAUGUGCUGAAAGAGCCAAGCAGAAUCGCCCCGCUUCCGGUUCCCGGAAGCCCCCCACCAUGUGCCCUCCCGCCGGCUCAGCGGAGAAGGGCCACGGGGCCCGGAGAGCCCCACUCCCGCGACUGCUCCUGCUGCUGCUGCCCUUCCCAGGCUUCUGGGCGCUCUCCAAGGCUCAGCACCUUCAGAAAGUGGCAGGGCAGACCCUCUCGGUGAGGUGCCAGUACCCGCCCAAGGCCGGGCCCUACGAGAAGAAAGCCUGGUGUAAGGAGGUGACCGCGCUCAAGUGCACCCUUCUGAUCACCAGCUCCGAGCCCCGCGUGCUGACUCAGGCCUCUCGGGUCUCAAUCUGGGACAACCCGGGCUCCGGCUUCUUUAUUGUCACCAUGACUGAUCUGAGGGAGCAAGACUCAGGACACUACUGGUGUCAAAAGCGUCACGCUUCCAGCCGCUCUUUCUCCAAGUCUGUGCGGUUCUAUCUGGUGGUGUCUCCAGCCUCUGCCUCCAAGCAGGCCACCGACGCUCCCCAUGACCUGGUCUCAUCUCAGACCCAGAGCUGCGUGUCCUCCACGGGAAGAGCCAGAGAGGCCUCCAAGGUUUCCUCCACCAUCACUGCCCUUUCACAGCAACAAAACUCUACCCUCUGGUCCAGCCCUGCAGCCGCCAGUGCCCUGGUCCCAGUGCUCUGUGGGCUCCUUGUGGCCAAGAGCCUGGUGCUGUCAGCACUACUUGUCCAGUGGGGCUGGUGGAAAAUCCUGAUGGAACUCAGGAGUCUCGAUGCCAGUAAAGCCACCUGCCACUUUCAGCAAGUCACUGACCUUCUCUGGACCUGUUUCCUCACCUCUGCAGUAUCCUUGUUGGCCACCGGGAGGCGAUGUGGGACCACGGUGCUGUCUGUGCGCACUGGAAGACUCACUGUGGGAGAAAGAAUUCUGCAACCCGAGCAGCGGAAUUGGAGCGUCGCCCAGAAACUGGAUCUCACCUUCUCGCGCCAGAGUGGCCCUCGCAGUCUCCACAGCCUGGAAAAGGCCCACGGCUGCCUCCCGGGACUUGUACCUUGGUUCCGGCCCAGGACAGCCCGAGCCUCCAGAGAUUCCCGGUUUGGGGUCAGAGGACAGCGCGCAGGGAAGCACUGGCCUGGAGCACCGAGCUCCGCCGGCGGCUGGUGGGAAGCGGACAGCCAGAGGGGCCGGAGGAUCGCGGUAGCGAGUGUCAGCGAGACCCGGGAGGCGCAGCGCGUGGAGAAAGGACGCGGGGCCGGAGUCGCGCGGCACGAGGACGGCGGAGAGCAGCCCGCUUCGGGAAGUUGGAUUCAGAUCCCCACAGGGCGCCCCCGGGACCCCGGCGCUUGUGCGCGCAACUAA